AUGCGCGAUAGUGAUCUCGUAUCGGACAGCGCGAGCGGCAACUCUGGGCAAGGUGGCUCUGAGGAUGCCGGCUCUGUCCUCACAGAGGACGAAGAAGACUACGAGGACUAUUGCCGGGGUGGAUACCACCCCGUACACGUCGGCGACCAGUUUUCAAACGGACGCUACGUAAUUGUCCGCAAGCUUGGAUGGGGCCACUUUUCCACAGUGUGGCUCGCAAAAGACACGGUUGCAAAACGCCACGUUGCGCUAAAAGUGGUCAAGUCUGCGCCGCACUAUACGGAAACAGCGAUGGACGAGAUUAAGCUACUGCAGCGAGUGGUCUCUGCCGAUCGGUCACACCCAGGAAACCGCCACUGCGUUGCCAUGCUUGACCAUUUCCGCCACCGAGGACCGAAUGGCUCGCACGUGUGUAUGGUUUUUGAGGUGCUUGGCGAGAACUUGCUUGGCCUUAUCAAGCGCUACCAACACCGUGGUGUACCCAUCCACAACGUGAAACAAAUUGCGAAACAGGUUCUGCUCGCGCUUGACUAUAUGCACCGGAGCUGUGGCAUUAUCCACACGGACCUGAAACCUGAAAAUGUGCUCAUCUGUAUCGAGGAUGUUGAAGCCGUCGUGGAGGCAGAACUGCGUACGAACCCGAUGGCUGUGCCGACAAAAUUGGUCGGCGUUCCCCCCAGCCAAGGGCGCGGAGGCACACAAACACCCCGACGUGACCCCGUGUUUAUCACGAGCUCUAUGCCUUUGCCAAGCCCGAGCAGCAGCCUCGGCUCGAGUCCCAUGUUUGACAAGCUCGUCUUUGGCAUGUCAAAGCUCGACAAGCCAAAUGGCCGGCUCGAUCCCGCCGAAAGUACCAACGACCAGGAUUCUUUGGCUUCCACCGCAUCGAACUCGUACAUGUCCGGCCCCAAUAGCCUGGCAAGCUCUGUACUACCUCCCAACGCCUCAAACAUCCACUCUCCGAUAGACAAGCCGGGUGGGAUGGCGUUUGGCGGCAAGCUGCCUUUUCCUGUACAAAAAGGACCUUCGCUCCUCUCGCAGCAGGCGCGCAAAGUCGCCGACGAUGCGAGUCCACCGACCACUGCGCACCUGGGCGAGCAAAGCGCGCGAUCCUAUGUGGAGACGAUGGAAAUGUCCACCGACUCGGCCAAUACCUCCACCUCUGGCCCCACCGCGAUGGACGAUGAUAUGCGCCCAGCACCGGCAGCGGGUGACCCAACGAUACUCCCGCCGCCACCGCCUUACGACCCCACCUCGCUGGAGUGCAUUACUGUGAAAAUUGCUGAUCUGGGGAAUGCGUGCUGGACGGACCACCAUUUUACCAAUGAUAUCCAAACCCGCCAAUACCGAUGCCCCGAAGCUAUCCUCGGCGCCAAGUGGGGCACUACCGCCGAUCUGUGGAGCGCAAGCGCUAUGUUUUUUGAGCUGCUCACGGGCGAUUACCUCUUCGACCCUGCCGCAGGCGCGAAAUACAACAAAGACGACGACCACAUCGCGCAAAUUAUUGAGCUACUCGGCGAUUUUCCCAAGAGCCUUGCUUUCUCCGGCAAGUACAGUGCGGAGAUAUUUAAUCGUAAAGGGGAGCCGAAGCAUAUCCACAAGCUGCGGUACUGGCCACUAAUUUCUGUGCUACAGGAAAAGUAUCUGCUCCCCUUUGAGAAGGCAAACCAGCUCAGCUCCUUUUUGCUCCCCAUGCUUCGGCUGAAUCCAUCCGAGCGUGCAUCCGCACAAGAAGCGCUAAAGCAUCCCUGGCUUGAAGGCAUGAUCACCCAAGGCGAAAUCGAGAUAGCCAUGCUUUCCCAGCCGACAGAGCCGAUCGAGCGCACUGAGCACGAACGCGACUUGCCUGCCGCGCUCCAGCGGUUAGAGCAGGACGUGCAGGACGCGAUGAAACCCAUUAGUCCGCUGGCCUCGUCUCCUGCCGGGCGGAAUGCGGGCAUGGAGUCCAGCUCGCCGGACACGCACGCGCUGCAAAGCCAAUUGUCGACUACCCGUCUCUCCUGA